CACAUGAUUUGGCACCUCUAAAAGGCGUCUUUGUACGGAAGUUGUACGAGGUCGAUUGUCGGGGAAAUAUAGGGGGGAUAUCGAAUGGAAAAUGAGUUGAUUGCCUUACAAUUUGGGAGUUUUGAGACAAUUACAUGAGGACUUAAGGAUAAUACAUCUGUAAAAUGGCAAAAGAAUUACGAUUACAUAGUCCAGCGGGUGCUGAACCAGCUAUUUAUACGUGGCCUCUUCAGCACACGGACAAGACAGAUGGAGCGGUUGAGAUUGUUGAUACUAUCAGAUGGGUAUGUGAGGAUAUUCCACAGUUGAUGCUUGCUAUGGAGAAUAAUGUCCUCAAUGAUUAUGACACAUCCAGUUACGAGAGUAUGUUAACACUCUGUGAGAAAUACAAUAGGGCAAUUGAUGCAAUAAGGCAGUUGUGGAAAGGAUCGUCCUGUACCUCAACCAUAUCCAAGAGAGCAACACCCGGUCUUCUAAAACAUAUCAUGCAGCAGGUAUAUGCCCAUGCUAUAGAUGAUCCUGAUAAACUCAACUGCUACGAACCAUUCUCACCAGAGGUGUAUGGAGAGACAUCCUAUGAUCUUGUGGCUCAGAUGUUGGAACACGUGAAGAUCAAUGAUGAUGAUGUAUUCAUAGAUCUUGGAAGUGGUGUUGGAAACGUAGUACUACAAGUGGCUGCUGCAACCCCAUGUAAACUUGCCUAUGGAAUCGAGAAGGCAGAUGUUCCAGCUCAAUAUUCAGCGGAGAUGCAAACGGAGUACAAGCGUUGGAUGAAGUGGUAUGGGAAAGAACACAGCAAGUUUCUAUUAGAGCAUGGGGAUUUCCUCUCAGAUAUCAUGAAGGAGAAGAUAGCCAGUUCGAAUGUCAUCUUCGUGAACAACUUUGCUUUUGGCCCUCGUGUUGAUCACCAGUUAAAAGAGAGGUUUGCCAAUAUGAAGGAAGGUGCAAAGAUUGUGUCCUCUAAAGCUUUCUGCCCUCUCAACUUUCGUAUAACGGACAGGAAUCUCAGUGAUAUCGGUAGUAUCAUGGAUGUUGUUGAGCUAUCCCCCCUCCGUGGCUCUGUCUCGUGGACAGGGAAGCCAGUGUCUUACUUUCUACAUACAAUAGACCGAACUCUGCUGGAAAAAUACUUUCAGACACUCAAGGAUCCAAAACUCAGGGAAGAAUACUACAAAAGCUGCGUAAGAGCAAAGCGCCCUAGGCGCAGUAACGUUGACUACCUCGCUUCGAGAUCCCUCGAUCUCGGUAAGACGUCGAGCGACAGCGACUCGGCGGUCUAUGGACCAACCACCCGUCGUCAGUGGUCAGAAUGGAUUGCUAAUCGAGAUGGAAUGAAGGAGAACUAUGAUGACCUGAUGGAUGAUAGUGAGAAAAUGGAUAUGGAUUCCGAUGUUUCAUCCCAAGCUUCAAGAAGAAAAAGACGCAGGAAUAAAGACAGCUCUGGAACGGAAACUCCAAAGCCCCCAACGCAUAAACCAGCUAAACAAAAGACUAUCAAAAUACCUAAGAAAGAAGAAAAGAAGGACUCUUCAUUAAGAGGAAGGGGCAGACCAAAGAAGUCAGAGAAUGUAAUGAGUCGCAGGGCCAGGGAUGAGCUCAAGAAAUCGGCUCUGAUAGGAAUGGAUCUGCUGCAUCAACAUACAGUCUCACUCAGCCAGUCACCCCCUGAUAAGAGUAAUGGUAUGUUGAAUAACCUUGGCAUGUCCUUCAACCUAGCUAGUAUGGUGACUCCCGUCAAGGAGAAAUCCAGGCCUAAAUCGAGAGAAAGGAAACCCAGUCAUCGUCAGAAGAAAGACCUUGAAGCAUCCAUUCAGUGGCUUGUUGAUGACUAUAAGAUGCAAUUGCUGCAAUUUCUAUCUUACAUGAAAACACCUCAAUACACCGACCUCGUGAGGAAACAGCUGGAAGAAGAAAGGUUAUACAAUGAAGAGCUGAACCUGAAGCGUGGCCUCCUGGAGGAUCAGAUAUCAGUGCUGUCCAAGGAAGGUGUAAGACUACUAAAUCUACAGCUGGACAAGCUAGGCAUACAAGCCAAGUCACCGUCGGAGCUGGUAGCCAAGUCUAGGGAGAUCGUAGGCAAGCAUCGGGAGCUCCAGGAGAAGUACCAAUCCCUGACAGCCAACAUGCAGAUCCUUGAAGCAGAUAAUAGGAAACUGGUGGAGACUCGUAAUCAAGAGGUAGUUACCCAGCUACUUGGUCACAGUGGAAAGUGGGAUAACAGUGACAGUGCCAGUAAUGCCAAGGCUGCAUCCCUCAUCACAGAGCAGAUCAUUCAGGAGUUCAGUAAUCAACAAGAGCUCAAAAGACAGGUUCAAAAGUUGGAAUUUGAAGUGACAGCACUGGAGAAGAUCAGUGAAACUACAAAGAAACCAGAAAAAGCAACCAAGAAAAAGCGUCGCAAUAAGGCUUCUGAGAAGAGUCGCAAGAUCAAGGACAUUGUCGGACCCCCUGUUUCACCUCCAGCAGUAAAGGAGGAUACCUUAAAACAUGAGAGACUAUCUGGGAGUUACUCAAGCAGUCCAGGAUUGUCAAAAUCCUGGCCCUGUGAAGGUGCAACAGGAACUUACAAAUCACCAAGAGCUGUCCAUGGUGGGACAGUGGAAGGUGAACAUCCCCACAUGUCUCCUGGCAAAGUGGCAUUACAAAGAAAAUUAUCGAAUACCAUAGAAAGCAGUCCAUUGGCGAUGAAAGAAGACAAAGGGAAGGAGUUUGCAAGUGAUGUUGGACAAUUGAUGCUGACUGCCCACAAGCAGAUGCAGCAGACACAGAAGGGUUACCCUGGCAAAGUUGAACCAGUGCAUUCCUCUGCACUACACGUUGUGACAAGCACAGUUGCGGGUCUCCAGGAAGGUCAGAUGCUGCAGCACACAUCUAUGGCGUCUCUGGGAAACAGGGAUGGAGUUCCCGCAGCUACGUCAAAUGCUGGAGUGCACCACCUGUUACAAUCCUGCAUGAUGAGUCCACUAGAUAUGAAGCAUUCAGGACUCUAUGGCUUCUUGCCUGCAGCGCAAGUCAGUAAGGUCAUCAACAGUUCCUUAGACACAAGUGAACCUCCCCUCAGUCCUCAGAAUGUGACACUAUACCCUCCUGCAUCAGGACAUCCACCAGAUCCUAGACAGGAUCUGACAGCAAGUAGUAAGGUAGAUACCUCUACCCUAUCAUCCCUUGCCAUGAGUCAUGCUGCUCUUAACAGAAAUGCUGCUGAUGUUGAUAGUGGAAGAAGUUCCGAUGCAUCCUCCUCUAAAGAAGAACUCACCAAGAUAUCAUCUGCCAUUGAGGCGGCAAGUACCCCCACCUCGACAUCCUCCAAGAAAACGGAUACGAGUAAGACUAAGAAGAACCGGAAGCGCCCUGUCCCUACCUCUACCGCAGAGCAAACUAUCCCUUCAAAGGUGACCGCUGCAAUGGACAAACCCAAUCAGCCAGGACAAGUGGGUGGAGCCCUUACUGAGACACAGGACAUUAUUACCAUGGUUACUAAUGUUAACCAACCUCUGAAGAUUAGUGCAAUCCCAUCCCCUGAAGGAGCCAUGGCUGGGCAGACGGGUAGAGAGAGUGUCCCUAUGACUCAAACAGAGAAUUCAGGUGAGAAGUCAAAUACAAAUUCUGAUCCUGAGUCCUCCAAUGUCAGAGAGUCCCCCAACACCAAGAAACUACAGGCAAACAUUAGCAGCAAGAUAGAUGCCCUUGCAGCUUUUGCUUCGUCUCAGCUGGAUCGCAGCAAGCAGAUCCGCCGUCAGAGUACGGGCAACAGUCCAGGAGACAUCCACGGUUCUUGGGACACCCACAAUCCUAGUCAGGUUGCUGUAGGUGGCCGAUACAUGCCCACGCUGCAUGAGUCGCAGGCUGGCAUCAGACCAGCGGCUACAGGAGGGCCUCAUGAUCUACUCUCUGCACAACUGAGCAAUGCCGGACUGGCUUGUGCUACAGCUUUGCCUGUGGCACCAAACCCUUGGCAGAUGGCCUUCAUGAACAAGAUACAAAGCUCUGAGGAAGGAGGAGCUAAUGGUGGAAAGAGUGGCCCCAAGGAGAAGAAACCAGAAGUGAAGAGUGUCAGUGAGCCUAAAAUGUUCAUGAGUGGACACUACACACCAAAAGGCAAAAAGCCUAUCCCUGUGAAACUAUCUCCCAAACCUCUGGAACCAGACCCCUGUGGCGAUGAUCUAGUUCCUCCAAAGACUCCUGGAAAGGAUUUUGAAGAGGAAAAUAUUUUUAGUUCGUCUAGUACCAAACAGAGUAGCACUGUCAGUAAUGCUAGUAGUAGUUCAUCAAUAAACACUAAGACAGAGGCAACAACAGUUGUAGCCAAGCGUAAUACAGUGCCGUCGGAAGAGGAUACCAGUUACUCGGACGUACAGUUCCACAAGAAAUUCUCUCGCAAAGGCAACCGAUGGAACUGUAAACCCUCAUCUCACAAUGUCGUUGGACAAGAAGUGCAAAGUAAGAAGCAUAGUGCGGUGGGAUUAUCAGCACAGAAGAAAGAGGGUGAAGGACAGAAGACUGAAGGUCCAAAGAGUAAGACACAGUCCUCUGUACCUACUGUUGUUCUGCAGAGACCUCCUACUCAUGAUCCUCCUAAAUUAGCCAUAAAGCAGCAACAUUCCAGUCAUUACCAUUCUAAAGGCUCAUCAUCAACCCCUGCCUCAUCUACCAUGUCAAGUCAGCAAGGACCCAAGUACAGCAGCAGUAGCAGCCAUAGCAAGCAUGACCCUAACCUUGGACCAUUCAUCGAGCUGAGGUCUGCAGGCCUGAAGCAAGUUCCCAACCCACCACCCAGUGGUGCACCCAUCACGACCCAACAGACCCUACUGACGACGUCCACUGGCACUCAGCGCUUCACCGGGGGCACGUACUACACGAGCGCUUUGGCAUCUUCUGGCAUCCAUCCGGGAGCAGAUCACCUGGACCGUUCCCAGAAUCGUGGCAGCAGUAGUCAGUCCCACUCCAGCCUGCAAUCAUCCACUGAAAGCUACCGGUCUCCCUUCUCCACGCCUCCUCCUCCCCCCAGCUCAAGAGGGACCCCAUCAUCGAGUGACUCCACCCACUCCGAAAGUCAUGGAUCAAUGCGCGCCACGCCCCCAUCUCAUGGGGGAAGAUCCCUCCCCCCUACCAUGUCACCCCUACCCAGCUCGGUACCCAUCCAAGGAGGAUAUGCCAUGAAUGGUGUGAUGCCUCCGUAUGGAGUGAACCAGCAGACCGGUGAUCUAGGCAUGCCCACUUAUAUCCCAAACACUGGGAAUUACAUGCCAGCGACCCAUUCAAGUCAUGGAUCAAGCUACCUCAUGCAGUAUGGAACACCAAGAUAGAUUUAUGGGCCCACCCCUCAAAUUGAAAUGGAAUCAUCAGUACUAUUACAGCAAUUCUCAACCUUGCCACUUGUGUGACAUAAAAGCACUUCAUGAGUGAUGGACUCUACCACUGCAUUGGUAGGGGAGACUAAGUGCAAAUAGCUGAGGGUAAUAGGCUAAAUCAAAAGAGACUUGUAUGGAGUGCUCUGAGUAAUGUAGAUUAAUCAAGAAAACAGAUGCUUUUCUUUUUUAAAGCAGUUCUUGUUACUUUGCUGCCGUUAUACUGGAUCUCAAGCAGUAAUGGAUUGAUCUAAAUAUUGUAUAAGACACUGAGAACUGAUGUAUGUAAGCCUUUCUUUUCUAUACUCCUUUCAGGUUGGCCCAUUUUUUUGUCAUUAAAACACAAACCUAUAUUCUUGAUUAUAAUUGCCCAUGUACCUUUAUUGGGAAAUGACUGUUUGGUGAAUAUUUCUAUAUUGUCCGUGAUUCUAAGAUUUUGACUUAUCUCAGUUAACAAACUACAUGUACAUUAACAGGCUAACUAAAGAUUAACAAAUUUUGGGGUUUUAAAGCUUUAUCAAGCUUAUCAAGCUUUAUACUUAGAUAGUGAAAAGAUGAUAUAUAUAAGUGUACCAUCGGAAAGUGGUGCAAAAUGGCAAAAAAUCUGAAUACACGUAGCAAAGCAAGGAAAACGUGAAUGUGCAUAUUAUCGUUAAGGUUUGCCCUAGAAGUUGUCAUAUUCACUGUCCUUGAUAACAAUACUUUGUGAAGGAAACAGGAGAUUUUUCCUUUUUUCUGUAAGUCUGGAGCAGGUCACAUGAUUUGAGUUAUAAAAAAAAGGUUGAGAAAAGAUUUUUUAACCCCCCACCCCUCCGAAUAAAAGAAGGUAUUUGUGUCUGACCAAUCCCCAUAUAUUCAUUUUUGUAAAAUAGAUAUACAUGCACAAGCUUUCAUCCCAUAUCUUUUAAGAAGGAGAGAGAGAGAUUAAAAAAAACCCUCAUUUUCCAGUCUGUUACAGCAAACCAUUAUAUAUCUUUUUGGACUCGGUUGCUAAGGUGGCAGUUCAUACAAUUUUAUGAGAAAGGAGGUGGCCCAUUUAUAUCAUUAUUCAUCAUUUCAAUUUCCAUAUAUCGCAAGCAGGCCAUCAUUUCAAAAUCACUCUUGUACAAUUUUGUUUCUAUAUUCUUUUGAUUAUAGUUUUGUUUUCUUUCUAAUGUUAUAUCUUUGCGUCUGUGUGGCUGCAGGUACCUUUAAUUCAUUUCCAGCUGCUUGAGAUAUAUUUUUUAGUCUUCCAUUGUGCAUAUUACAGAGCUGCCAAGUAGUACUGAUUUUCAGUAUUUAGUCCUGACAAGUGAGAAGAAUACUGAUAGUUUCAUG